UCCGAGACUUUUCACAAAGAGAUUUUGGUGGUGCGUGUGUUCUGCGCGGAUAAUGACCGCGAUCGAGGGCAACUGUGAACGGAAUCGAUGUUUUCUUGCAUUUUCUCCCGACCCUCUAGAGCAUGCCCAAUAGUGACCCGUGCGGUGGUAUCUACUCCCCUAUUCCACAGACGACACUGACCGAUUCCGAAAGCGAAGAGGAGCUCCUUCGACGUACUACCGUAGUGAGACGCUCAGCCGACCGAGUAACGACGACCACGAUAAUGCUGAACGGAAUGAAAGGGCGCGCGGUGGCCGAGCUGCGACCGGCCCCGGCGGCUGGUGCUGAAAACGGUGGUGCAGCCCUCUACAAUGGUUACCCGCCAAGCCCAAGCGACGUCGAGGAUGCGAGUGGCGUGUUUCACGCCGACAACGUGGCCAUCCUGCACGAAACCGGAUCCCUUCCGGACCACAAAAUGUCCUUGCCGCGCAAGUGUUGCUUUGUGGCAUCGCUGGCCGUUUGCUUCCUGGCGCUCGUCACAUUCCUUUGGAUCAUUCCCUGCUCGGACGAUCUCUCGUGUCCUGCCAGGGCGGAACGGGUAAAGACUCAGAAUUGGAUUCGUAAUUACGAGAAGAUCGAGCUAAAGGGCGUUAUUAACGUGGUGGAAGGUGUGCACGGCAAAAGCAAAAAUCUAGUCUUCAUGUACCGAGGGGACAAGCUGUUCCCCGAGUUUGACGAUUCGUAUCGAAGAAGAAACGGAAUCAUCUCCCUGGUCGGUAGCUCGGGCAAGGUGGCCUGGUACGAUCAGAUGAUUAAUGAACCGAAGAGUAUCGAUUGUACGCUGCUCGAUGCCGACCGCAAUGGCGCACCGGAUUGUCUCGUGUUGGAUGAGUACGGCCAACUGGAGUGCAUUGAUCCACUGUCCGGUGAAUGGAUGUGGCAUGCCGAGGGUUAUAACAGGCGUGGCUCCGCCGGAAAGCAGGGCGCGGACAUGCUCGACUUCCCGUUACUCAUCCCGGACGUCGAUGGCGAUGGGGUAAAUGAUUUGCUGUUUGUGACGAGUUCGAGCGAAACGCGCCACAAUCGAUUGAUAAUGAUUUCUGGCCGGAAGGGUGUCACGAUUGGUGACUCGCACGCGGUCAAGGAGUGUCUGUACGUGCACAAGCUGAUGCUGGAUGAGGAGCUGAACGUGAAGUUCAAUUGUGUGCGCGAUAAGAGUGAGCAGCAGAAGGCCAAAUCGUUGCCGGAACUGUACAAGCUGAUCCACCGGAAGGCACUCGAUAUGCGAGUUGUGCGCCGAAUGCCCACGGGGCUACCGCAGCACAAAUUCUUUGGCCAGCGGCGUAAUACCGAGAAGCAGCGUACGAUCACCAAUGUCGGUGGUAAGCAGCUGGUGGUGGAGAACCGUGGCCGUUGCCCGGAAAACUGUUCCACCUCGGUGCUGCUAACAGAGGAAUCGACUGGAGCCGUCCUCUGGAAUGUAUCCGGUCGUCAACUGUACGGUAUGCAACCGGUGCGGUUAACGUUCACCAAUUUCGGAGCCGAUAACCGGUCCACCGUGUACGGGUUCGUGUUAAAGUUCUGGGAAUGGAGUCAGCGUGAUCCGGACAAUCGAAGCUCGCGGUUCCGGCGUAGUGUCCUCGGUGCGGGAACACCGCUACUGCACCGAUUCGCCCGUCAGCUCGUCCACCAGCAACCGUGGAUUGGACCGCCAGGAUUGGAUGCCAUUUCGAAAACGUCCUUAUCGGCUCGUGGCCAGAAUCAAUCGUCCGCUGCAACGUCCUCGAUACCCGGGCCUGGUUCGAGUCGUCCAACUGGAGCCUUCCGAACGCGGAUGCGCUUCCUGAAGGAAACGGUUAAGCUGAUCGUGUUCAACUCGACCGACAUCAAGAUCGAAAACACGAGCCAAAGCAACGUGAUACAGUUCUGCCGGGAACCGAUCAAUGGAGGCGAAUCGGCGGGCGAUAUGCUGUGCCAGCCGGAUCUGAACUACCAGGAGAACUCUCUUCUGAUAGCCGAUCUCGAUAACGAUGGUUCGCAGGAGCUGGUGUCGUACUAUUCAACUUUCGUCAAGACGGCCACCACCGAGGCGGAUGGUAUGGGAGCCGGAGUAGGAGCGGGCCCCGGUGCCACGAUGAAGCUGAAGACUUUCGUCCAGCUGUUGCGCCUGGAAUCGGAAUUGCCAAAGCUAUACGCGACUCCUGAGACCUCCCCUACAUCAACCGGUGGCAAUGCUGAGGCCAAACAUCGUUAAACGCAAUAUGAAGAUGGAGUGAGGAUUGGAAGACGAUCGAGAGUUCCGGGUUGGUUCUGCCUGUCUGUCUCCCUCUCGAUCGCAUGUGAUUGUGUGUGUGUGAUCUCAUACCAACCGUACCAGUAUAGCUUUUAAUCUUCCUCGAUGUUCUAAUAGCCUUUAGGGACUACACUGUUGGCAGAAUAGAUGCCGCCAGGCUGGUUCAAGUCCAGAUAUGUUCCAUACUUGAAAAGAUACAUCGCACUGAUCUCGUGUGUAGUAAGAAUCAGAAUCUCUCGUUACACCUUCACCUUGUAGUGCACAAGAUCUAGUCAUUUUUCAUGAGAUGCACCACAAAAGACAUACGCUGGCGCGUAAGACGGACCUAAGGGGCACGCAUCAUUGAAUAUUUAUGUGA